GGUCCGUGGCACUUCAAUGAUGAUAUGUGUUUCCUUCGAUAGUGGUCAGCGGGGAUCAGAGCGGUUAAUUGCGAUUCCACCAUUCCUAUCUGGGUAUGUUUUCAAGAUCUCCCUGUGGAGUUUGCCACUGGUAGGAUUUUGACUCGAAUGGCUAGUAUGCUGGGGCGACCUUUGUGGUUUGAUCAGUCGACUAGACUGGGUAGAAGAAUGGGAUUCCCUAAGGUUUGUGUUGAAAUGUCUAUAGACUCACCUUUCCCAGAGACUUUGAAGCUGGCUCCUGACCACAAACCAGCUUUCGUGGUAAAUUUGGAGUAUUUCAAUAAGCCAAUUGGUAGUCAGAAGUGCAAGGUGUUUGGGCAUAAGUGUGAAGAUGCAGGGUGUGAAUUGGAAGAGGGUCAAGGAAGUCAGGGGAAUGCAGAGGCUGGGGAAGUGGAAGCUGUUACUGGCAGUGCAGGUCAGGUGAUUUUGGAAUCCAUUCUUACUUCAAGAGGUAAGGCUCAAGAAUCUGCAGAAUCAGCUUGUCAGAUAUUGAAUCUAGCUGUAGCAAACCUGGUCAAAUCCAUUGAGCAGGGAGUGCUAACUGAAUGGCAGAAAACUAGUGCCCUGGAAUUGCCUACUGAUAGUGAGUUGCAGACAGCUAUGGUUGGGCAAACAUGCUCUCCAACUGCUGAGGAGGGGGGUCCUAUCACUCCUGUAGCUAAUAGAUUUCAGAGUUUAGCAGGUGAAUCUUUGCAGUGGGAGAAAUUGUAGUGAGUAGUCCUGUUCUUAGUAAUCUGGAUGAUUUCCCUGCACUGGAAGGAGGGGGAAAGGGUAAGGGCAAACAAGGUAAGAAGGGGCCAGGUAGGCCUGCAAAACCAAAGCCUAAAAAAUGAAGAUACUCGCUUGGAAUAUUAGGGGAUUUAAUCACCCCGCCAAGCAGAGACAGAUUUUGGAGGUAGUUAGUAAAGAAAAUAUAGAUGUUUUUGGAGUCAUUGAAACCAGGGUAAAGGAAGAGAAGUAUAAAGAGAUAGUGGAUACAAAGUUUGACAGAUGGGAGCAUACUCAUAACUAUGAGUACUCAGCUUUGGGUCGGUUGUGGAUUUUUUUGGAAAAAAGACUUGAAUUUUAC